CCCCGUUUUCUCCCAAUCCAAGCGACGCCCAACAUCGAGUCCAUUAGGCGUGAUCACCAUCGUCCAGCUGGCCAUCACCACUGCCACUGCUAUCGCCGACGAUAUAUAAACCCAUAGGCUGCACCUGCAGCUUCCCGCAGAAGCCAUGGAAGCACACCUCGAACCUACCUCCCUCGAUCGUACGCCAUUGUCCGCCGACAGCGUGCCGUCCUCCGCCUCCGAAGCUUCUUCUUUCACCCAUCCGGACCAAGACCCAAACACUCCCGUCGCGACAUCAGAAGCAGCAACCGGCGGCUUGGACGUGCCUGUCGAAGAAGCCGAAGACAUGGCAGGCACACCUUCGUCGAGCAUCGCAGUCCCCGGCGCCAUCCCCAUCACCAGUGACAGCGGCAUUACAAGUACCGGAAAAUCCAAACGACGACACAGUCUCGCCUCUUCCUUUACCAACAGCAUAGCUAGCCGAAAGAGCAGAUACUCUGAGCCUGGCAGCCAAUCUGUUCAUGCUGAUCGCGCCAAUGUGUCGAUGCCCCCUCCCGUCACCCUGCCACAAGCAUCGUCGUCAUUAGCAAAGAGCCCGCGCGCCUCGCUCUCGCACAGCCGCCGCGAAUCGUCCAAUUCGUUCCGCUCCUUCAUCUCGGACGCCUGGAGCGACGCAAAUAACAGCCAAGGAUACUCGGACUUGGGUGGUGGAGUACAUGUGCCCGGCAGCUUUGGCAGCGCCUCGGCGGUCCCACCCCUGUUUUCUCCCCGAGAUUUCGCCUUGGCCGCCGGCGAUAACGGCCAGAAUCAAGGUCAGAGUCAUAACCAUUCAUGCUCCACUACCGUCAUCACUAAUUCCGGUUCAGCUACGAUCGAAGACUCGGAGACUCCCCGUCUACGCCCCGGAACCGGCAACGCGAACGCCGAAUCACCUCAACCACAACAACAACAACAACGCCAACUCCCCGAUCCCGCUCUGCAGAAUCCCUCUACCCCCACCCAACGCGAAUACCCCUACCACUCCCGCCGCAGAAACUCGUCCUUCUUUGGCUUCGAGUACAGCCAGUCAGACAGCAACAAGCGAAAGAGUAUUUCGUCCAUAUACUCUCUAGCUUCGGCCCGUGGGGUUCCCAGUUCCGAGAGCGGCAGCACCAGCGGCGCCACCGGCUCUGCCCGAGUGGUAUCAGGCUUCAUGUCUUCCUCCGCCCCCUCCAAAUCGGGAGUCAUCCCACCUGCCAGCACCGCCCAGACGGCAGAAGCCAGCGUCUCGACAACCACUGUUACAACGGGAAGCCAAGGCGCGCCAGGCACCCACCAGCUCUCGCCGCGGGAAUCGCAUUUUCAGCAGAUGGGCGACAUGCUCAAGGAUGGCCAGAGCAGGGGAAACCAUCACCAUACUUCGCAGGCUCACGGCCACGGUGUUCCUGCUCCUGUGAACACAUCUGUUGCUAACGGCGCACCACCCGCACCACCCACACCGCGAGCGAUUCCACCCAGGUCAAGGAGCAGGGCGAAGCGCAGAUUCAGUGGUAGUACCGCUGCUAGCGGAAAUCAGAGUCCCAAUGGUGAAAGAGUGGUAUCAGGCCAUGAACACCGGCCUCCCAAGGAGGAGCACAAGCCUGCGCCCUACGGUGUUAUCGGUGUGUGUGCCUUGGAUGUGAAGGCGAGAAGCAAGCCCAGCAGAAAUAUUCUGAACCGCUUGAUUCAGAACGGCGAAUUUGAUGUUUGUGUCUUUGGCGAUAAAGUGAUUCUUGAUGAAGAGGUCGAAAACUGGCCCAUGUGCGACUAUUUAAUCUCGUUUUACUCGGACGGCUUCCCCCUUGACAAGGCCAUCGCCUACGUCAAGGCACGCAAGCCCUUCUGCGUUAACGAUGUCCCUAUGCAAAAGAUACUAUGGGAUCGCCGCCUCUGCCUUCGCCUCUUGGACCGCAUCAAUGUCCCCACCCCUCAGCGCAUCGAAGUGAACCGGGACGGUGGCCCUCACCUGUUGACCCCCGAAAUCUGCAAGCUCAUCAAGGACGUCAGCGGUGUACAGUUUGAGCCCACGAAUACUGAUCCAGAGUACGCCAAGCAGGUCGCGCCGCGCAAGAUCGAGCUCCUCGAAAACGGCGAUGUUCUCUCUGUUGACGGAACGCUAAUUAAGAAGCCAUUUGUCGAGAAGCCUACGAGCGGUGAAGACCACAAUAUCAUUAUCUACUUUCCUUCCUACGCUGGCGGUGGUGCAAGGAAGCUUUUCCGCAAGAUCGGCAACAAGAGCAGUGAAUACGUGGAGGAUCUCAACGUGCCCAGGUGCAUCACUCAGCCCGACGAGAGUUUCAUUUACGAAAAGUUCAUGCAGGUCGACAAUGCCGAGGACGUGAAGGCGUAUACUGUUGGGCCAACAUACUGCCACGCUGAGACUCGCAAGUCCCCUGUUGUGGACGGCGUCGUGCGAAGAAAUACGCAUGGAAAAGAGGUCCGCUAUGUCACAGCCUUGAGCGACGAGGAAAAGGAAAUUGCGAGCAAAAUCAGCACAGCAUUCGGACAACGCGUUUGCGGUUUCGACUUAUUGCGGGCCGGGGGCAAGAGCUAUGUCAUUGACGUGAACGGCUGGAGUUUCGUCAAAGAUAAUGAGGACUAUUACAACCAGUGCGCCAAAAUCCUCAGGGAAAUGUUUAUCGCCGAGAGGCAGCGCAGGGGUGGAAUACCUUCGCCGUGCCCGUCUCCCGCCAUCUCCGAGGUGCCUGAUCCUCUUGCCGCUCGCGCAGCUCUCAUGAAUAAGGAGAAGGAACUCAGCGCAUUGGCGGCAGCCCAGGGUAAGGUGAGCUUGGACAAGCAGAGGUCGGACCACACCAGACACCACGAUGCGCCGCCGCACGUCAAGUCAGAUACCUCGCUUGUCUCUAAGCUGUCAACCAAGCCGAGCAGCCCGCGCAACAGUCAGUGCGGAGAGAGUGCACCACCCACAGCGCCAUCAACGCUGCCCACUACCCCUUCGCUCACUUCUGUCGCUAUUGCUGAACAGGAGCAUGAGCAUGAGGAGACGCCGCCGCCGCCUCCCCCGAAGCCUAGCUGGAAGCUCAAGGGUGUGGUAUCUGUCAUCCGCCACGCUGAUCGUACGCCGAAGCAGAAGUACAAAUUCACAUUCCACACAGACCCCUUCAUUCAGCUACUCAAGGGUCACCAAGAAGAAGUGCUCCUGAUUGGUGAGCCGGCGCUGGCAAGUGUACUUGAUGCUGUUGAUGUGGCCCUGAAGGCUGGUAUUGAAGACCCUGUCAAGCUGAAGUCACUCCGCAACGUCCUUGUGAAGAAGGGCGGAUGGGCUGGUACCAAGGUCCAAAUAAAGCCAAUGUUCAGGAAGAAAGACAAGCCCAAGAAGGAAGACAAAGAGAAGGAGGGCGAAAAGCCUGACGAAGAGGCCAAGGAGGAUGCUACACCCGGUGAAGGUGACAGUGUCGACAAGGACGGUAACUCCAAGCCUCGUAGGCCAGUUAAGAGGCACGAUUCCUUGUCAGGCGUUACCAUGUCCAAGUUCACUGCUGCCGAGGAGAGCUUGGUGCUGGAUAAGCUUCAGCUCAUUGUGAAAUGGGGCGGCGAGCCGACACACUCCGCCCGCUACCAGGCACAGGAACUCGGUGAGAGCAUGCGUAGUGAUCUUGGUCUCAUGAACCGUGAUAUCCUGGAGGAGGUCCACGUCUUCAGCAGCAGCGAGCGUCGUGUCGUUACCAGCGCUCAGAUCUGGGCAGCUAGCUUCUGCAAGAAGAAGGAAUUACCUCCCGAUUUUAUCACCAUCCGUAAGGACCUUCUUGACGACUCGAACGCUGCCAAGGACGAGAUGGAUAAGGUAAAGAAGAAGUUGAAGGGUCUUCUGCGGAAGGGCAAUGAGCGGCCGCCUCAAUUUGCCUGGCCUGAAAACAUGCCUGAGCCGUCCGAGGUACAGACACGCGUGGUCCAGCUCAUGAACUUCCACCGCAAGGUCAUGCAGCACAACUACGCCAAGCUUUACAGCGGUGCUGUGAACUCUCUCAAUGCGAUCAACAACCCUAGUAUGGAGAUGAUCAGUGAGACUUCCAGCUCGUCGCUGUCGUCACUUGGCUCGUCACAUGUGAACGCGGUGAACAGCAUCCAGGCCAGAUGGUGCUGUGGUGAGGACGCCGAGCUGUUCAAGGAGCGUUGGGAGAAGCUGUUCGCCGAGUUCUGCGACGGUGAAAAGGUUGACCCUAGCAAGAUUUCGGAACUCUACGAUACCAUGAAGUUCGAUGCCCUGCACAACCGUCAAUUCCUCGAAUGGGUGUUUACUCCACCAAAGACUAUGCUUGAGGAGGACUACGGAAUCCUGGCCCCUCCUAAUGGCAGCAAGGAUGCAAAGUCACCGUCCCCUGUUUCGAGCACCGAUAAUGAAGCUUCCAAGCCUACCGAGAGCUCGUUGGCAGAAAAGAUCGACUCAAAGGCUGUCAAGCGUAUCUUCCGCAGGCGGUCGUUCCUACACGGGUUCAGACCUGGGCCAGGUCCGGAAUCGGAGCUCCCGGAGAGGUACUUCCACCUCCACAGGGGCAACAGCCAGACCAAGGCCAAGACAGACGCUCGCUUUGAGCCUUUGCGGGAGCUGUACCAGCUAGCUAAGGUCCUCUUUGACUUUAUUUGCCCACAGGAGUAUGGUAUUUCGGACAGCGAAAAGCUUGAAAUUGGACUCCUGACCUCUCUUCCCCUGUUGAAGGAGAUUGUUAAGGACCUUGAGGAAAUGCAGGCUUCGGAUGAAGCCAAGUCCUUCAUAUACUUCACCAAGGAGUCGCAUAUCUACACCCUCCUGAACUGCAUCUUGGAGGGCGGCCUAGAGACCAAGAUCAAGCGAGCUACCAUCCCUGAGCUCGACUACCUCUCGCAGAUCUCGUUCGAGCUGUACGAAAUGCCAGCUGACCCGCCAGCUGAUGCGGACGGUAUUCCUGCCUUUAACUACAGCAUCAAGAUUACCAUCAGCCCUGGCUGUCACGUUUUUGACCCGCUGGAUGUACAGCUUGACAGCAAGCAUUGCAUUGGCUGUGCUCCGCGCAGGAGCUUAACGGCUCAUACAGACUGGAUAAAGGUUAUUGAGACGUUGAGGGCGAAGUUCCACCAAGUAAAAUUGCCCAAGACUUUCCUGGCGGUUAACCUGUCGGAUGCCUUUACUUUCCAAGAGAAGCCGCAGGGUGGUGAUGAGGCCACCGAAGUCGAAGCCGAAUCAGAGGCGACACCUGAGGCGGAGCGGGUGAAGGAGGUAGAACCGGAGGUGGUAGAGCCUGAUGACACCGAGGCUGUCGCUGCUAAUACCACCGACGCUGUGACCGUUGACGACGUAACAACGGACGACCACUCUGAUGUCCUGGAGAUUAAGAUUCCUGAGGAUCAGCAUGCCGUGGACGUUGAAGUUGUUGACGAUGGCAGUGCUGCCGAAGCCGAAGUAUCAGAGUCGCCAGAAGCUGCUGCGGGAGAUGUAUCACUGCUGCCAGAAGUGGAAGCAGCAACACCUCUGACUGCUGUUGCGUCGAAGACGGAGCAAUAGGAAAAGUAAAAUGGAGCCUACCGAUAGGCUUGAUUAUGAGUGCACACUUUGAUUCCCC